UCUAGCUGUUGUUGCUGCUGCCUUUAAUUUGAUUCUGUUGUACAACUAAUGUUCGUUUCGCUUUGUAUCCAGGUGUUUGAUGGUCAUGGAGGUUCUGAGGCAGCAGCCUAUCUGAGGAGAAACGCCCUUUGAUUAUUUUUUGAGGAUGUCAAUUUUCCCGUCAUGUGAAGUUGAUAAUGAUUUCUUGGAAGGGGUAGAGAACUCGUCCCGGAAAUCAUUUCUUCUUGCUGACCUUGCUCUUGCGGAUGAUUUUACUGUGAAUAGCUCUUAUGGAACAACAGCACUCACUGCUCUUAUAUUUGGAAGGCUUCUAAUGGUAGCCAAUGCUGGUGAUUGCCGAGCAGUUCUAUGUCGAAAAGGGGAGGCAAUAGAUAUGUCUGAGGACCACAGACCUAUUUAUCCAUCAAAACGGAUGAGAGUAGAAGAGCUUGGUGGGUUUAUUGAUAAUGGACAUCUUAACGGAGUUUUACCGGUUUCCCGAGCCUUAGGGGAUUGGGACAUGAAGUUCCCCAAGGGUUCUUCUUCACCUCUCAUUGCAGAGCCUGAGUUUCGCCAGCAUAAUUGA